AUGGAGCAUGCUUUGCAGACGGAAGGGCAAGAACUGCGUCUGGCUACGCAGGAUACGCCGAACCCGCCAACUUUCCUAGCGAGCGAGGAAACGGAGCUGGUGGAAUACAUCGAUUGGGAUCCUGGAGACAAGAGAAAUCCUUACAUGUGGCCAAAAUGUCGCAAGUGGUUGAUUACCAUCACUGUGUGCUGGAUUGGUAUUCUUUGCGGUCUGCCAGCUGGGUCAUACGGAUCCGGUAACACGCAGAUUGGCGACGUCGUCAACAUUCACGGCCAUGAACAGAGUACAUACUUGUACUUUGCGACGACAAGUUGGAACGUCGGUGCUGCUGUUGAAAUCAUUGGGCGCAUCCCGAUCUACUUUGGGAGUUAUAUUGUCUUCCUGAUCUUCCUCGUUCCCUCUGCUGUUGCACAGAACUUUCAGACACUUGUUGUGACUAGGUUCUUCGGUGGAGGUGCUUCAUCGACAGCCAUCAACAUCAUCGGAGGAACCAUUACAGACCUGUUCCUUACCGAUGCCGAUCGCAGUUUGCCUAUGUCUAUCUUCGGAUUGUCGUCUGUAGCCGGUAUUGCCCUCGGCCCAUGGUUCGGGGGCCUGAUUGCGGAGCCAAAAGGUUGGAGGUGGAUUUUCUGGAUGCAGCUCAUUAUUGACGGCGGUUUCCUACCUAUCUUCUGGUUGAUUCUCCUGGAAACUCGCGGAGAUGUGCUCGUCAGUCAGAUCGCAAAGAAGAUGCGAAAGGAAACUGGCCGGAGAGUGUACGCUAAGGCUGAGGCGAAGCGUGAGUCCUUAACUCAACUCGUCAAGCUUUCUUGUACUCGACCGAUCGUUUUCCUUUUCACGGAGUCCGUCGUGUUCUUCUUCACCCUAUGGGUCUCUUUCGCCUGGGGUAUCCUCUUCCUCUUCCAAUCUUCGGUGCCGCAAACGUUCUCGGCAAGCUGUGGUUUCUCUACGCUCAUCACCGGCCUCAUUCAGUUGGCCUUGUCUGUCGGAGCCGUUAUUGAUACAGUCUUGAACCCGAUUCAGGAUCGCGCGUAUCUCCAAACAGCGAAGAGAAACAAGGAUGCUAAGGGAAAGAAACCACUUCCGGAGGCACAUUUCUACAUGUCUUGCGGUGGUUCGCUGGUUUUCACUGCUGUCGUCCCCACCAUCGGUAUUGUUUUCGUCGGUAUCGGUAUUUACACCAUCUACUUAGCUGUUGUCAACUAUUUGAGUGAUUCCUACGCAAGGUACGCCGCAUCCGUCUUGACCUCUGCUUCUCUGGGCUGUAACUCGUUCGGUGCCUUCUUGCCCCUCGCAUCGCACAACCUUUACCAAAAGCUCAACUUCAGGUGGGCUUCAACCCUUCUGGGUUUCAUCGCUCUUGCGCUUAGCGCUAUUCCUUUUGUUUUGAUCUGGAAGGGUCCGGAGAUCAGAAGACGCUCUCCCGCCAUGCGUGAGAGUACUAUCGGCGGAGCCGGUGACGACGAUCAUGAUAAGCAACAAGAAGGAAAACGGAGGUUGUCAGGACGGUUCGGAGCAGGUUCCUCAGGAGCAAGAGAAUGCUAUCCAUAA